AUGUCCUGCUCCAGCCUGUGCAACACUUCCUGUGGGGUGGUCGCCCCGGCCCCUCUGGCUGACACCGCCAACGAGCCCUGCGUGCGGCAGUGCCCCGACUCCCAGGUGGUGAUCCAGCCCCCAGCCUCGGUGGUCACCUUCCCUGGGCCCAUCCUCAGCAGCUUCCCGCAGUACAGCGUUGUUGGCUCAGCAGGAGCUCCCGCUGUCGGAGGGGGCUACGGCGGCACUUUUGGAGGCCGUGGUGGUUAUGGAGGCCUUGGUGGCUAUGGGGGCUAUGGAGGCUACGGAGGCUUUGGAGGCUAUGGAGGCUACUUUGGAGGUUAUGGAGGCUAUGGAGGCUUUGGCGGCUGUGGAUACGGUGGCUGGGGCAGAGGCUACAGGUACGGCAGCUGUGGGCCCUGCUAA